CCCGGAGAGUCCCCCCGCCCCAGGACGGCCACGGGCCUCCCCCGGAGAGACUCCCCCCGCCCCCCGCAGUAGCGGGGGGGGGGGGGGCACGCGCGGUGCACGCUGGGACACCGAGGCAUUGUCCUGUCCCGGCUCCCGGCCGCGGCGCGCGCGGUGCAUUGUGGGGGAGGAGCCCCGGUGCCCGGGCCCCCGGGACGGGAGGGAGCUCGGCAGUGGCUCCCCGCGCCCACCCUCCGCCCGCAGGGCCAUGGGGGACCUGGGCCUGGGCCAGGAGUUCCACACAUGGCAUCAGUUCAGCAGCUUCUUCGAUGACUGGUGCGAGAAGCACAAGGUGCUAUUCAUCAUCGCCAGCCUCAAGCCGCUGAUCUCGCUGCGCCAGAACCCGCUGCACUACCAGCCCAGCCUGGCCGCCACCCUGCGCUUCCGCUUCGUCCGCCUCAUCUGCAAGCACAGCGGCACCUACGUGGGCCAGAGCACCGUGCAACGCAACCGGCUCAGCGAGAAGAUCGACUGCCCGGCUUCCAUCACGCUGCGACUGGGCCCCAAGAAGGACCGGCUGGUGGUGAUUGAGGCCAGCCUGGAGCACAACCACAAGUUGUCAGAGGUGGAGUUUGCUCACUACUUCAAGCGUCACCAGCUGGAGGCCAGCAUGGGGCUGCCCAUCCGCAUCACCAACAGCGUGUCCAAGCGGUUCCUGGCACCCGACCUGAUCUGGAACCUGGAGGACUACAGCAAGGCCAAGGACAAGGGCAUGUGCGAGUUGCUGAGCCAGCUGGACGGCCUAUUCAAGAGCGACCCGGCCGCCAAGGUCAAGCUGGUCUUCCAAGAGGACGUGGCCGUGCUCAACAGCAUCUUCCUGGCCACGUCGCACAUGCGGAGCCUGGUGCAGCGCUUCCCCCGCUGCCUCUACAUGGACAAGGCGGCCUGUGUCAACAGUGAGUUCGAGCUCUACUCGGUGCUCUGCCAGGACGGCAACGGGCGGGGCCGCGAGUGCGCCUACUGCGUGGCCCGCCGGGGCGUGCCCGAUCUGGUCAUCUUCAUUGUGGCCUCCCUGGUGCAGAGCGCACCCGACAUCAAGCUGAAGGUGAAGUGCCUGACCGUGGGGGCGGGCAUCACGGACGUGGACGCGGUGGAGGAGGUGCUGCCUUGUGCCCGGGUGCAGAUCUGCCGGCUGCAGGUGCUGGAGGCGCUGUACCGCAAGGCGCGCGAGCUGGCUGUGCCCAAGGAGGACAAGGUGCGCAACCUGCUGCACAACAUGGCCAACGCCAGCUCGCCCCGCGUCUACAGCCAGUACCUUAGCGACCUGGAGGACGUGGCGCCGCUGCCCUUCCUGCAGUACUACCUGGAGCACUGGCACCACAACAAGGGCAUGUGGGCGGAGUGCUGGGCCUUCGAGCGCAACUGCGACUGCCCCUUUCUGGAGCACAUGAGCUUCCACCAGCAGAAGCUGCGCUCGGCGCUGAGCCCGCCCCUGGGGCUGGCAGCCUGUGUGCGGGGGCUGCUGGAGCUUCAGGCGCUGCGGGUGGAGAUGGCGGCGCUCAAUGAAGAGCGGGUGUCGGAGCUGUACCGCGCCGUGUGCCCGCCCGACAGCGCUGCGCUCAUCGCCGAGGAGCUUGGCCUGGCCAAGCACGCCAACUACCACGUCAAGGAGGUGCCCGAGGGCUUCCUGCUGGAUGGCGGCAUCUGCUCCUUCCUUGUGAGCCGCGACCUGGCCGCCUGCUCCUGCUCCAUAUAUGUCUCAAGCCGCCGGCCCUGCCGCCACCUCUUUGCCACCCGCCUCUGGACUGGGCAGCCCCUCUACGACCCCGGCUUGCUGCAUGCCCCAUCGGGCGGUGAGGGGCAGGACACCUACUGGCCCGUGCCAGCUGACUCCGGCUACAUGCCUGUUCAAUUGCAGUGUAGGCUUCUGGGCCCGGGGCUGCAGAGCAUUGUGGGGGCUGGGGGCUCUAGUCCCUGCUAUUGCUGCUUGCGGAGCAUCCUGGUGCUGCAGGCUCAGGCGCCCCGCGGGAUGGAGGAGGACGAGCUGCAGGAGAAGGAGUUCUUCUCGUGGGAGGAGUUCAGCGCCUUCUUCGACGCCUGGUGCGAGCGCAGGAAGGUCCUGUUCUUCGUCAAGAAUUCGGUGCCGCUCAGCAAGUGCAAGUGGGCAACGGUGCCCCCACGGCCCGACGUGGUGGAGGCCCUCAAGUACAGCUCCGUGCGCCUGGUCUGCAAGGACUUUCGCGGCUCCAGCAAGCCCGACCAGGGGGGGCAGCACAAGGGCUGCUGUGCCAGCAUUGUGCUGAAGAUGAGCCCCAAGAAGGACCGGCUGAUCGUCACCGAGUGCCAGCUGGCCCACAACCACGCCCUGUGCCCCAUCGAGUUUGCCUACUACUUCAAGAAGGGCUACCUGAUGGCCAACUCAUGCUUGCCGGUGCGCACCACCAACAAGAUCUCCAAGCAGUUUGUGGGGGGGCCAGACGUGCGGCGCCUGCUCUCCUACUGCAAGAGCCGUGACCACGGGGUGCUGGACGUGCUGACCGUGCUGGACGGGCUCUUCGCCAGCGACCCCAGCGCCAAGGUCAAGCUGGUCUUCAUGGAGGACAAGGUCAUCGUCCAGACCAUCUUCUUCCUGAGCUCGCGCAUGAUGGCGCUGAGCCGGCGCUUCCCGCUCAUGUUGUUCUUCGACCGCAUGGUGGGGCUGAACGAGGAGUUUGACCUGUAUUCGGUGCUGUGCGUGGACGGGGCGGGGCGCGGCCGCGAGGUGGCCUACUGCCUGACGCAGCGGGAGACGCCCGACCUGCUGCGCUUCACACUGGCCUCGCUGGUGCAGAGCGUGCCUGAGGUCAAGCUGCAGGUGCGGUGCAUCACGCUGGGCGUGGAGAUUGCCCACCUGGAGGCGGUGAAGGAGCUGCUGCCCAAUGCCCGCGUGCAGAUCUGCCGCUCCCAGGUACUGGAGACGCUCUUCAGCAAGGCUCAGGAGCUGGGUGCCGCCGAAGAUGAGCGCAUCUGGCCCCUGCUCUGCCGGCUGGCUGCAGCCAAGUCGCCGGCCGCCUACCAGCAGGCGGUGCAGGAGAUGAAGACCAUUCUCCCCCAGCGCUUUGUGCGCUACUUCCAGCGCCAUUGGCAGCCGCGCAGCGAGAUGUGGGUGCAGUUCUGGGCCUUUGAGACGGCCCGCAACGUCAAUGCCUGCGAGCUGCUCAAGCAGCACCAGCGCCGGCUGCUGGCAGCCCUCAGCCCCUCGCCCACCGUGGCCCAGUGCAUGCUGGACCUGCUGGCCAUGCAGGUGGGCAGCGAGGCCCACGAGCUGGACGAGGGAGAGCUGGCCACGCACUACCGUGCCAUCUGCAAGCCAGAGCCGGCUGGACUGAUCGAGGAGGAGCUGGGCUUUGCACGGCACGGCCGCUACCGCUUCCAGGAGACGGCCGAGGGCUACCUGCUCCAUGACGGCCUGUCCGAGUUUGCCAUGGAUCAGGCCCUGACGCGCUGCUCCUGUUCCAUCUACACCUCCAGCCUGCUCCCCUGCCGCCACCUCUUCGCCACGCGCCUGCGCACCGGGCUGGCGCUCUUUGACCCUGGCCUGCUGCACAGGAACCGGGCAGCACUGCUGGGCGCAUGCUAGGGCCGUGGGGCAGGGACUCCAGCUGCUCCGGGUGCUUACUGUGUAAGUCAGGGGGCCAGGCACUGGUGUGGGGCCGGCUGCACAUCUGCAGCUCGCACAGCAGGGGAGAAGCCAGCCCAUUGCCACGAUGGGGGUGCCCUGCGAUGACGUCAGGAUGGAGGGGAUACCUGGGUGCUGGUCCUGUUUGACUUGUUUUCACAGAGAAGAGAAAGUGGCAGGUGGUGCUGUCCUGUAGCUGAGAGCACCCACAGCCAGUGCCAGGCAGGGACCUCAGUGGGUUGGGUGCCCAUCAUGGGCUGGGUGCUGCUGUCCCAUAGCUCAGAGCACCUGCAGCCCAGGCCGGGUAGAGAUCCCAAGGUGUCUGUGUACCCAUGGUGGGCUGGGCACUGCUGGCCCGUAGCUGAGAGCACCCAGAGCCCCUGGCAGAGGUGGGUGAGUGGAUGUUGCCAUGUGGGAUGUGACACUCUGGGGUGUCUGCGCCUGCCGAGGCGGGUGGGUGGAUGAUGCCAUGCAGGGUGUGACACUCUGGGGUGUCUGUGCUGCAGAGGUGGGUGGGCGGAUCAUGCCAUUUUGGGUGUGACGCUCGGGGGUUUCUGCGCUGCAGAGGCGGGCGGAUGAUGCCAUAUGGUGUGUGACGUUCUGGGGUGUCUGUGCUGUCAAAGGUUGGUGGGUGGAUGGUGUCAUGUGGGGUGUGAUGCUCUGUGGUUUUCUGUGCUGGCAGAGGUGGAUGGGUGGAUGGUGCCAUACGGGGUGUGACACUCUAGGGGUGUCUGCGCUGGCAGAGGUGGUUGGAUGGAUGAUGCCAUGCAGAGUUUGACACUCUAGGGGUGUCUGCGCUGGCAGAAGUGGGUGGGCGGAUGGUGCCAUGUGGGGUGUGACACUCUGGGGUGUCUGCGCUGGCAGUGGCGAGUGGGCGGAUGGUGCCAUGCGGGGUGUGAUGCUCUGGGGUGUCUGCGCUGGCAGGGGCGGGUGGGUGGAUGGUGCCAUGUGACGUGUGAUACUCUGGGGUGUCUGUGCUGGCAGGGGCAGAUGGUGCCAUGUGGGGUGUGAUGCUCUGGGGUAUCUGUGUUGUCAGAGGUGGGUCUGUGGAUGAUGUGGUGUGAUGCUCUCUUUGUACAGAGAAUACAUUUUAUUCAAUAAACGUAUAUUUUCCUUUUUUGACCCU